GCGAUAAGCAGUGUUUGCAGGCGUUUACUAGGCUCCUGAUUUGCCCUGUGUUUCAGGUCAGAAGUCCUGGAUUUCCCGUUUUCCUUUUAAUAAUUAGCUUGCGCUCAGAACAUUCAGCUGCAUGGGACAGUUAAACAUGGAAAAGGGCCAGGCAGAACUGCUCCAGUCCUAAAGCUACGGCUGCUUAUUACCCAGAAUUACAAUGGCCAAGGCAAGGAAAGAAAACUACUAUGGGAAACAUGGUGAACCUCGCAAGUUUGACCCAACGUUUAGAGGACCUGUCCACAAAAGGUACUGUACUGAUGUGGUCUGCUGUGUGAUCUUUGUCGUCAUCAUCCUGGGCUACAUUGCUCUGGGAACUGUGGCCUGGAUUCACGGAGACCCAAGGAAAGUGGUGUACCCCACUGACAGCUAUGGGCAGUUCUGUGGCCAACAAGGCACUCCAAACACAAAAAAAGCCAUAUUGUUCUACUUCAACAUUUUGAAAUGUGCCAGUCCUGCUGUCCUAAUCAAUUUACAGUGCCCGACCACACAGGUAAGAGAGGUCUCCUGCUUUUAGCCAUUUAACAUCCUGCUCACACAUUUGAAACUCCCGAGCUCUUAAAACAUCAGCAGGGAGACAAUCUACAGACCUUUCUGCAAGACUCUAUUUAAUUGUCACGUUUAAUUUCAGCCUGUUGGACAAGUAUUACGAGAUGAAGAUUGUCCCUCAAUGUUGGUUCCUAGCAGACCAUUUCUUCAGCGGUGCUUUCCUGACUUCACUACCAGAAAUGGGGUGCUGACUGUUGCCAACAAAACUAUGUUCAAAGACGGACGAGGCCAAAUGAGAAACGUGACUGACCUCCGAGAGGCCGCCAGAGCGAUAAACAGUCUUCUUGAUGCCAGAGAAGUUGGGAUGAAGAUUUUCGAAGACUACGCCAGCUCAUGGUUUUGGAUUUUAAUAGGCCUGUUCAUCGCCAUGGUGGUGAGCCUGGUCUUCAUCCUGCUCCUGCGCUUCACUGCGGGGGUGCUUCUCUGGCUCAUCAUCUUCGGAGUCAUUGGAGUUAUCGGAUACGGAAUCUGGCACUGCUUCUGGGAGUACAACACCCUGAGAGGGAAGCCUGGCGCUGACGUUACCAUCUCUGACAUCGGCUUCCAGACAGACUUCACCGUCUACCUGAAACUCACCCAGUCCUGGCUCAUUUUCAUGGUGUUUCUCUGCAUCGUCGAAGUGAUAAUAAUUUUGGUGCUAAUAUUCUUGAGGAACAGAGUCCGCAUUGCAAUUGCUUUGCUCAGAGAAGGAAGCAAGGCCAUCGGAUACAUCAUGUCGACUCUCUUCUAUCCCAUCAUCACCUUAUUCCUCAUCGCUGUCUGCAUCUCCUACUGGGCUGUUACAGCUGUCUUCCUGGCCUCCUCAGGCGAGCCGGUCUACAAAGUGAUGCCCGCACAACCCAACUGCAUGUAUGCCAACCUCACCUGUAACCCGGAAAUCUUCAAUAAAACGAACGUCACCAAGGUGUGCCCGGGCUCACAGUGCACCUUUGCCUUCUACGGCGGCGAGAGCCUCUACCACAAGUACAUCCUGGUGCUGCAGCUGUGCAACCUGCUGGUGUUCCUGUGGCUGGUGAACUUCGUCAUCGCCCUGGGCCAGUGCACCCUCGCGGGCGCCUUCGCCUCCUACUACUGGGCCCUGAGGAAGCCAGCUGACAUCCCGGCCUGCCCACUCUUCUCCUCCUUCGGCAGAGCAAUAAGAUAUCACACAGGCUCUCUGGCGUUUGGCUCCCUGAUUCUGGCCAUUGUCCAGCUGAUCCGAAUCGUCCUGGAGUACCUGGAUCACAAGAUCAAAGGUGCGCAGAACAGCUUUGCCAGAUUCCUCCUGUGCUGUCUAAAAUGCUGCUUCUGGUGUUUGGAGCAUUUCAUUAAAUUCAUGAACAGGAACGCAUACAUAAUGAUUGCGGUAUACGGCAAAAAUUUCUGCACAUCAGCCAAAGAGGCUUUCUUUUUGUUGAUGAGGAAUGUCGUCAGAGUUGCAGUAUUAGAUGAGGUCACAGACUUUUUGCUCUUCCUGGGGAAAGUUCUAAUUGCAGGAAGUGUUGGUGUACUUGCCUUCUUUUUCUUCACACAUAAAAUACCUAUAUUUGAAGGAGAAGUGCCAUCGCUGAACUAUUACUGGGUGCCACUGCUGACAGUGAUAUUUGGCUCCUAUCUGAUUGCACAUGGCUUUUUCAGCGUCUAUGCAAUGUGUGUGGACACCCUCUUCCUGUGUUUCUGUGAAGACCUUGAGAGAAAUGACGGAACGCCCUCUAAGCCUUACUUCAUGUCUCCCGGCUUGCACAGAAUCCUGGGGAAAAACGAGCAAAGCCCCAAAAAGGCUACAGGCUAACUGCUUCUAUUGCAAGGCUUUACCUGAAAUAGCUUUACUUACAGUAUUUGUGAUCUUAGCAUGCUUUAAGUAACUUGUGGCUGAGACUUGGCUGUGCUGUUCAUUGGCUGAAUUUAAUGUUAAUAUGAACUAGCAGGAGCCGGUUGUAAAUGGACAGCUCCACUUGGAGAAAUAUAUGGCUCUAUUCAUGUCUUAUCUUUCUGGGGUGCUGAUACUUUUGCCUUUUUAUGUACUCCAUUGUCAUCGACAGACUACACUCCGCACUGCUUGCUGCUGGGAUAUAUGCCUUGCCUUAAUAGCAGCAAUUACCAAAUCUGGGUGUUUCUCGCCGUCUGCAGGUUUUUGUUUCAGCUGAGCCCUUGAUUUAAUUGAACUCCCAAUUGAAUUGAUUUACUAAUGACGCUUUUAUGAAUUGUUUUCAGUUCUGCGACUGUUACUUUACUGCUAAGAAAUCAUAAAUGGCUUGGAAACGUCACCUUUUCCUUCAGGAGCAGCAUGGUUUAAGAGAUCUAAUCAAUCAGAUUUAGGGUUCAAUUAAGCAAGUGCAGGUCCAGCUGAUUGAAAGCCAGCAAGAUACUAGGGUUGGGAGGAAUAGAACGAGGGAGAUCUGAUUAGUAUUCUUAAUUGUGGGACAAAGUUGGGAAUUGUGGGUAAGGACCCCAUGGAAUUUAAUACACAAAUGCAAAUGAACACAUCUGUGUUCAAUCAAGAGGUAGAGGCAGGGGAGACGGUGAUGCAACGGCAUAGCCUAGUUUAGUGUAGUUUGAAGAGGCUGGAGCUUGUGGCAUCAGAUAAGACACCAACCUGUCUUAGCAAAGCAGUAUUGAAAUCCAAAUAUCCAAAUACUGUACCGAGUUCCAGUAAGGAAGAAAAAGGUCAGUUAGCUGCUGAAUCUUAUAUUUUAGAAGUUAAGCAAUUCAUUGUAAUAUAGACCUGUACUUUGUUUAGCAUUAAGGGCUUUCAAAAAGUUAUUUUUUGCAAGGGAUGUUUUGUCAUUUGUAGUUGACCGUGUAAUCACCUGUAUACAACUAGUGUAAAGCUAAAUUUUGGUUGCAUAUUUCCUUUUAUUACUAUAUUAGCUAGGAAUACUGUACAUUUCAGGUUUACAGAUACAUUAUUUUUGACAAAAACCCUUAUUUCACCUAAAACGUUAGUGCCAGCUGGCAGAUUACCUAUGGUCUUUAGUUGAGACAUAAAUGUUUAAGCCAGUGCAAAGCAUAAGAUCUGAAUAGAGCCUGCUGUGUUUCAGGAAUUGACUAAUAGACAAACUGCAUUUUCUAGUUAAUGUGCCUAGGUAAGAAAAACUUUUUGGAUCUAACGCUGAACACCUUUUUGAAUACAGUUUAUAAAAGGAUGUCAAAGCCAUUUUUGGUAAUUUUGUACUAGAGUGGUACAUAAAAAAGUGCUACAUUUUUAUAACACUAUUAUAUACUUGUUUUUUUGUAAGUUUUUUUUUGGGGGGGUAUUUAAAGUCUUUGUAAUAGGGUGAAAUUUCUUUUGUAAAAAUGGAGUGAAAAUGUGAACAAUUUUUUUAAAAUAAAUUCCACCACUUUAAAACUGGUGCUGCAGUUCAGGA